AUGAUCCAUAUCACAGUCACCUCUAGGCUGGACUACUGUAACUCUCUCUUUGCGGGGCUACCCUUGGGCCUGGCUCUGGAUACUCCAGCUGGCUCAGAUUGCAGCAGCGGGGGCCCCUAUUUUGACCACCUCGAAACCUCCACAGGCUUCAUUGCUUUCCUGGGGCUCUACCUGAUGUUUGGAUAUGGGGCUUCACUCCUUUGCAAUCUCAUUGGCUUCGUCUAUCCAGCUUACGUUUCCAUCAAAGCCAUUGAGAGUUCUUCUAAAGAUGACGACACGACGUGGCUGACCUACUGGGUGGUCUACGGGCUCUUCAGUGUGGCUGAAUUCUUUUCUGACACUUUCCUGUACUGGUUUCCAUUUUACUAUGCUGGCAAGUGUAUCUUCCUGCUCUGGUGCAUGGCUCCCGUUUCGUGGAAUGGCUCCCAGUUUCUCUACCACAGCUUCAUCCGCCCGUGGUUCCUGAAGCACCACCAGGCGGUGGACAGCGUCCUGAGCGACCUCAGCGGCCAUGCCCUCAACGCAGCCUCUGCAGCUUCCAGGGAAGUUUUCCAGGCUCUGGCCAACAGUCUCACCCCUGGAGUUGAAGUAUCCAAAGAAGCCAUGAAAUGAGCCAUCGAAUAUGAAGACCUACUGGAUGACUUUGUGUUUUAAAAAAACAAAACAAGUACUGAAUUUCUAGAUUUUUUCCCCCCCGCCACGAAAUCCAGAGAGCGGUUUGCUUGCACAUCGGCAGAGGAAUGCUUCUUUUCUAUCUCUCAGAUCUCCCACCCCCCACCCUCGCCCUGGCCCAGCCUAAUGUGCUAACAAUGGAACUUCCAAAUCGACUCCUUUGGGGAAGUGUCUCUUUUGCUUUUAAAAACUGGUUGUAUUGUUUCCUGUCCUCUCCCCCACAAAAACCAAAGAGCUCAGUUGCUUUCUCACUGCCCCCCCCCAAAGGGCUUCCUGUAUUUUCUCCAAACUCCAGCAGAGGGCGUCUCUGCUUGUGAGGUCUCUGGGGAAUUUGCAGCCCACUCGGGGGAGGUGGCAGGAGCAAAAAUGUUGAACCUUUCAAUUGUCUAAACUUCUUUCCCUGUCUUAAAAAAGGGGGGGAGGAGGGCAGGGAGACACCUGAAUGGUCACAUUCCCCCCCCCCAAUUACUAUUUCCAUUCGAGAUUUGCAGUUGAGACCUUUUUCUGGCGCGACCUUUAAAUAUCCCUGCUUAGAGGAGUCAAAAAACGAGGAGAGCGAAUCUUUCCGGGGUCCGCUAAGCAAUUACUUUGUAUUGGAAAUGAGGGGAUUUCUGGGAACCUCACCGCUGCCGUCCCCUGAUCUGGAUUACAUUCCUCUGAAGGCCUUUAAAAGCCUUGGGGGGUGGGGGGCGGGGAGGAGAGACAGCAUCGAUCAGACAACCACAGGACAAAUGGCUGCCCCAUUUCUGAAAGGAAGGUAUGCAAAAAUACAUUUAGGUCUUCCCCAAAAACACAGAUGCGCAACACUGGAACCAGUUUUGAGGUGGAAUGUCGGCACUGUUGUGAGAGGCGCAACACCCUGUCUGGGAUUGUAGUUUGUGCGUACAGAGUAUUCGAGGUUUGGCAGGAUUUGUGAGUUCUCAUGAUCCCGGACCAGUUAUGGCGAUCCAACCAAGCUGUUGUUUGCCCAGCAGGGUCCUGCAAAUGCUGUUCCCGUAAUGUGCCCGGGUGCAGUUUGCAAACCACUGUCUGAGUGCCUUUAAAAGAGGCAGUGGGGAAAAAGUAACCCUGGCUGGCUCCUGGACUGUUCAAUUUGGGAACGCAGAGGCUUCGAAAGAGGGUUUUUCACUGUUGGCGCCCUGACUACUUUAAUGGGUUUCUUGGCUCAUCCAUGCCUUCUUCUCUCCCAGAGUUUCCUUCGUGCGGAGGGCGGGGAGAGGGGAGAGGGGGGUGGAAUCUACACAUCCUGAAAGGAUUUAAAUUGCAAUUUUGUUUCCCGCUCUGAAGUUUUCUUGGGCAGAAGAAGGACGAGAGGAGGACCCAGUGGAGAGGGGAGGCAUCAAAUGUAUCUCUUGCAAAAUAAAUGUGAAUUUGGGGAAGGUGCCAGGAAGUCCUUUGGCUUUCUGCCUUGUAUAUUUUUUUUCUGAAUGCUAAUGGCAUACCUUCCCGGUUUUCCGGUUUUGCAGUGGGCUGCCACGGAGUGUGUUUGGGGCGCCGGAGGAACAAGUCAUGGAGUUACAGCUCUUUGUUUUGUUAAAUCUGAUCUGCGCAAUAAACUGAAAGAUACAGGUUU